CAAAGCUAGUCGCAGAAAAGAUGCGUUUUCUUUGUCGCACAAGGGCGUGGCUCAUUUAAGCCGGUAGUUGAAGCUCUGAGGGCGGCUGUAGUGGGAGUGUUCGAGGAUUCGCUUUGGGUCAUGCCCUGUCACCUAGGCUGGAGUGCAGUGGCAAAAUUAUGGGUCAAUGCAGCCUUGACCUCCUGGCUCAGUUGAUCUACCUCAACUGGUACUACAGUAUUGCCAAAGAUGGCAGACCCAGAUGUCCUCACUGAAGUUCCAGCAGCACUGAAGAGGUUAGCCAAGUACGUGAUCCGGGGAUUUUAUGGCAUUGAGCAUGCCUUGGCCUUGGACAUCUUGAUCAGGAACCCCUGUGUGAAAGAGGAGGAUAUGCUGGAGCUGCUGAAGUUUGAUCGGAAGCAACUUCGAUCAGUUUUGAAUAAUUUAAAGGGAGACAAGUUUAUCAAAUGCAGAAUGAGGGUAGAGACUGCUGCAGACGGGAAAACCACUCGCCAUAACUACUACUUUAUCAAUUAUCGUACUCUUGUUAAUGUGGUAAAAUAUAAAUUGGACCACAUGAGAAGGAGGAUUGAGACCGAUGAGAGAGAUUCUACCAACCGGGCUUCCUUCAAAUGUCCUGUCUGUAGUAGUACUUUCACAGACUUAGAAGCUAAUCAGCUCUUUGAUCCUAUGACAGGAACUUUCCGCUGUACUUUUUGCCAUACAGAGGUAGAAGAGGAUGAGUCAGCAAUGCCCAAAAAAGAUGCACGCACACUUUUGGCAAGGUUUAAUGAACAAAUUGAGCCCAUUUAUGCAUUGCUGCGGGAGACAGAGGAUGUGAACUUGGCCUAUGAAAUACUUGAGCCAGAACCCACAGAAAUCCCAGCCCUGAAACAGAGCAAGGACCAUGCAGCAACUACUGCUGUAGCUGCUAGCCUGGCAGGUGGGCACCACCGGGAAGCAUGGACCACCAAAGGUCCUUCCUAUGAGGACUUAUACACUCAGAAUGUUGUCAUUAACAUGGAUGACCAAGAAGAUCUUCAUCGAGCCUCACUGGAAGGGAAAUCUGCCAAAGAGAGGCCCAUUUGGUUGAGAGAGAGCACUGUCCAAGGGGCGUAUAGUUCUGAAGAUAUGAAAGAAGGGGGCAUAGAUAUGGAUGCAUUUCAGGAGCGUGAGGAAGGCCGUGCAGGGCCUGAUGAUAAUGAAGAAGUCAUGCGAGCACUGCUCAUUCAUGAGAAAAAGACUUCCUCUGCCAUGGCUGGUUCAGUGGGGGCAGCCGCUCCAGUAACCACUGCCAAUGGCAGUGACUCAGAAAGUGAGACCAGUGAGUCAGAUGAUGAUUCUCCACCCCGUCCAGCAACUGUGGCUGCGCAUCAACGAGAAGAGGAUGAAGAGGAGGAUGACGAGUUUGAAGAAGUAGCAGAUGACCCCAUUGUCAUGGUGGCUGGCCGUCCGUUCUCCUACAGUGAAGUGAGUCAACGGCCGGAGCUAGUGGCUCAAAUGACACCAGAAGAAAAGGAAGCGUAUAUAGCAAUGGGACAGCGCAUGUUUGAGGACCUCUUUGAGUGAGCUUUCCCUACUUUCUCCUCUCUGUAAUACUCAGUUCAAAAGAAAUGUCUCAUCUUUGAAGAAAAGUAUUUAAGUGGCUUUCUGCCCCUUUUGAUGUAAGCAACUGUUGAUCUUUGUGCAAAGAAUGAUGUGAGAGAGUUUGACUUUUAUGCCAGAAACUUUCCCAGCAAUGUAGAGCGGUGGGAAACCUACCCUUCCCUGCUGUCACUACAGUAUUAAUAUUUUACUGUAUUUUCUUAUCUACCUUUUUUCUUGCCUUAUUAUGACAUAAUUUUCUCCCUUCUGAAAUGAGUGAGGGAAGUUCACAAGUAAAUCCUUCCUGUCCUUGUGUUUACUACAAUAGGUUAUAAUAAUUCACUGAUUACACAUUCAUUUUAUCUGUUCUAGCCAAGCAUUCCAAACAAUGUCUUAUACUGCUGCCGACCAAAGCAGCUUGCCAACAAGCAAAUCAUUGAUUGGGGGAAAAAUCCUUAAACUUCCUUAGAAUUUGAGCAUUUCCUCAAAAUUGAGAUGGGUCAAUAUGUAAAGGGAGGUGAGUAUAUGGAAGAAGGGUGGAUAUACUUGGGUCUCGUGAUUAAUUUGUGUCUAUAGAACUGACCAGACUGGUGGAUUUUAUUGUAUUGGUUAAUGUCUGUUGGUUUGGAUUUGGGACGAUAGAAAACAGAAAGUUUAAUUGGUAAUCCCUUAGUAAGAAAUUAGAAAAAACAUGGACAUUGGACAAGAACUCUGUGUAAAGGGUUGAAGAGUAACAAGCAUUGGGAACUGUGCCUUAGAACUGUGUGUUUGUCUGAUUUAAAAAUCCUUUAUAUAAAGCUGAGACUGGUCCUGGCUUUGUUCCCUUGUGUACAGACCUUUUGUCAGUGCUAUAAAUUGUUUAAUGAGGCCAUUCUAGCAGAAAUCAGCAUAGAAUAAUUGAUUAUUCUUCUCCCUCUCUGUCACCCUCCCUUUUACUGAACAUCAUUGAAGGUUGUCUCUCUUUUCAUUCUUGUCAAAUGUGGUAUUUUAGAGUGCAUCCAGUAUAUCAUCAGGCAUUGUAACCUCAAGAAACAGUUCACUUUGGGUUUUGAUAUGUAGCAUGGUGUUGUUCCCUAAGGCAGAACUUUAAAAAUAAAGAACUUUGACACAAGGGUCUAUAACAA